UAUAUAAAUCUGAACUCUCUUACAUUCAUCUUCACAUUCUUCUGUGUCUUUCUCAAAACCCCUUUCUGUUUUCAAUCAAUCAGUUCGUCCAUUUCAGGAAAAAUAAUGGAAGUUAAAGGAACUAGAUGCUCUUCAGCUGAUAAUUACAGCAAGACCUCCUCAUCAUCUUCUUCUUCUUCUUCAACCCUUCAAACUUGUACUGAUGAAGAUCUUUUGGACGUGAGGAGAGGUCCAUGGAUGGUGGAAGAAGAUUUCAAGCUCAUCAAUUACAUUGCUAAUCAUGGUGAAGGUCGAUGGAACUCUCUUGCUCGCUCUGCCGGUCUCAGACGAACCGGAAAAAGUUGCAGAUUAAGGUGGUUGAACUAUCUCCGCCCGGAUGUAAGACGUGGGAACAUCACGCUUGAAGAACAGCUUUUGAUUCUUGAACUUCACUCUCACUUGGGCAACAGAUGGUCAAAAAUUGCCCAACACUUGCCCGGAAGAACCGAUAACGAGAUCAAAAACUACUGGAGAACCCGUGUCCAGAAGCAGGCUAAGCAGCUUAAAUGCGACGUCAACAGCAAGCAAUUCAAAGACACCAUGCGUUAUUUAUGGAUGCCAAGGCUAAUGGAAAGAAUUCAAGCCACAAAUAAUGCUACAGACAGGACGGCUGCUGCUGCCGCCACCACCGGGUCUAAUUCCACCGGUCCCAACACCACAACCACGAUGGCUGCCGCGGCGGCGACCGCAGGUAUCGGACACAACAAUAUUACACCAAGUUACACUCCCGACAAUUCAAGCACAGCGGCCACAUCGGAGUCGUUCGGAACCCCGAUUUCGGACUUGGCUGAUUAUUACGCUUUUCCGGCCAGUGACAAUCCUAACCUGGAAUAUUAUUAUUCUGAGUCUUUUUUUAGCCCGUCGGCUUACUUUAAUCCCGGAAUAGAAUUCCAGGAGAUGGAGCCAACCGAUUAUCAAUUGCUGGACAACGGCGAGGUCGAUCCGGUGGACAAUUUCUGGAAUGUAAAGGACAUAUGGUCCUUACAGCAACAAUUCAACAGCAACAUGUGAGAAAUGAACAGAAGUAAAGGGGGUGAAAGUGAAAAUUUCUAGGCUGUAGUGGUAUAUUUUUAUUUUAAGCAUGGAAAUAUGACAUUAUUUUUUUCUAAAGAACUGAACAUUUCUUUUAUUGAGGGACUCAUUUUUUUAAAUUUUUUUGUUGAAGGUUUCAAAUUUUCAUAUUUAUCAAUUAAAAAAAUAAAAUUUUAUUAUUUUUUAUUAAAUGUAUCAAACUAAUCAACUUGUUUCAAAAACAAAACUAAUAAUGUAUUUAUUAAAUACUUUUAAUAAAAAAUAUUAAAAGAUCGAUUUAUUUUAUUAGAAAAUUUGAAAGAUUAAUCACUUCAAUAAAAAAAUUAUAAAAUUUAGUCCCUUCAAUAGAAGAAUGAUAAUAGUUUAACAUCUCGAGAUAUUGUUAUCAUUUUACUUUUUUUUGUUUUUUUGUCCAUAGGGAGCAAAAGAAAGAUUCAGUGUAGAGUAAUUUAAUAAUAACUAUGAGAGUGAGCUAGACAGUUAAAAGUCUAAUUGUGGAUUAUAAAUGUAUUUUUCUUAUAUUGGGGGGUGAAUUGUAAUUUGAGAUUAUUAUUAAUCUCAUUCUUUGAAAAUUGAAGAAAUCGACUCUUUCUAAUUAGCCA